AUGGUAUUCCUGAGGCUCUUAAUUCUGACCAAAGGAUGUUUGAGUGAUCAGGGUCCACUCCAUGAGUGGUCCAACUUGAUCAACAUUCUAACAACACGCCCUUUGAAUAAUGAAUGGACGUUUACCAAACAACAACGAUUAUGGUUUUUGCGAUAUAGUUAUGAAAUGGAAGGAAUGACGAAGACAGUGAAGGUCGGGUGUCCAGGACAAGAGGUCUUAGGAAUACUCUUCGGCCUCCCUCCCUUCCAAGCCACAGACAACCUUGCAGUAAAAGCGGGAUCAAACGAUGAGCUACUCGAACGGAGCCCUUCAAACACUAGUGGAGAUCGAGACAACUGUGAAAGUGGUCAUCGAUCUGUUGGAAAGCAUAGAAUGCUAGAGGCCCGCUUUAUAAGUCUGUGUGUUGCUCAAUCGAACGGUGUUUACAAUGUGAAGGAUCAUGGAGCGACGGGAAAUGGCCAAACCGAUGACACGAAGGCUUUUCAAGCGGCAUGGAAUGCCUCGUGCGCGGCUAACGGGUGGUCGACGAUGCUAGUUCCGGAGGGAUCGUACUUGGUUGGUCCUCUGGCCUUUAAAGGGCCUUGCAAGGGUGUCAAGAGGUUGGAAUUGAGAGGACAACUACUUGCAUCGACUAACCUCAAUGCUUACACAAAUAAUUGGAUUGAUUUCCAAUAUAUAGAUGGACUAAUCGUCUACGGAGGUGGAAUAUUCAAUGGGCAAGGAGCUUUGGCAUGGCCUCACAAUGAAUGCCCUAAGAAAUGGAGUUGCAAGCUCCUUCCUAUGUCGUUGGUGUUUAGUUUCGUUUCGAAUGCAGUUGUUAAGAACAUUUCUUCAAUCGAUAGUAAGCUCUUCCACAUACAUAUAUUUUCAUCGAAGAAUUUGGAGUUUCAGUCCUUGAAGAUUAGUGCUCCGGGGAAUAGCCCUAACACGGAUGGCAUCCACAUAGCUGAUUCCACCAAUAUCACCAUUGCGAAUGCGAUCAUCGGCACCGGCGACGAUUGCAUCUCCAUCGGACCGGGAAACACCAAUUUAACAAUCUUGAAUGUGUUAUGCGGUCCUGGCCAUGGCAUCAGCGUUGGAAGUCUUGGCAAGAACUCGAAUGAGAAAGACGUGGUUGGCUUGACGGUUAGAAAUUGCGCUUUCAAUGGCACAACCAAUGGAUUAAGGAUCAAGACAUGGAAAUCUUCUCCGGUUCCUUUGACGGCUGCUCACUUUGUCUACGAGAACAUCAUCAUGCACAAUGUCUACAACCCCAUCAUCAUAGACCAAGAGUAUUGCCCCUAUGUUUCAUGUGUUGAAAAGGAUCCAUCUCGGGUUCAAAUUCACGAUAUCAAGUUCACAAAUGUGAGGGGAACUUCUUCCUCAAGAGAAGCCAUAAAAUUUGUAUGCAGCCGUUCGGUUCCAUGUGCAAGUGUGGAGUUAAACGACAUCGACCUGCAUUACACUGGCGAUGCGACCGGGAACGCAAUUGCGACAUCAACUUGCCUUAAUAUUCAAGGAAGAUCGAAUGGCAAUGUGAAACCUAGCUCUUGCAUUUAA